CUCGCUCCUCCCGUGGCCGCGCACACACACACCUUUCCGAGUUGAGGCCCGGCAGAGCCUCCGACCGACCAUGCGGGGACGAGCCUUGACGAUGGUGGUGGUGGUGGUGAUGAUGGUGAUGAUGAUGGUGGAAGCGGAAGAAACGAGAAGAGAAAGACGAGACGAGAGAAAGAAGAUAACAACAGCGAAAGAAGAAGGAAGACAAACAGAAGAAGAACCGAAGAAAACAGAGGAAAACACCAACACGAGAAGAAAAAACAGAAAAAUAUCCGACAAAAUCACGAAGAAGCAACCUUAUCCCAAUCUCCUUCUGAGCGACGACAAAGAAAACGGACUAGACCAGAGCGUUGAAAGGGGGACUCAGGGAUUCUUGGGCGCCGACUGCGUGGUGACCAAGAACUGUGAAGGUGUGAGAGGGGCGGCCUGUGUCAAGGGAAGGUGUAUGUGUCACGCCCACCACCUGGCUGUCAACGCUACCACCUGUCUACCGGGUGCGUUGCUGGGCUUCAGGUGCGAGGUGGAUGCCCAGUGCGGUCUACGCGUGCCCCACUCUGCGUGCAUACAGGGCUACUGCAGGUGCGGGAGUGGCUACGCGGCGUACAGGAGAAACAACUGCCUGAAGGGCGCGAAGGUGGGUGCCAUGUGCCGAAACCACGAGCAGUGCCACAUCGCCACGCGCGGCUCGUUCUGUGCCUAUACGGUGCCACGGGUGCUAGGUCGCUGUGCCUGCCCGCCGGAGCUGCCCAGGACCGGCGGAACGUGCGGCCCCCUCCGAUACCCCCUUGGAUCACCCUGCGGCACCUCGGCCCAGUGCUCCAAACACAUCCCAGGCUCCAUCUGUGUCAUCCAGGACCCUGAACAGCAGACCCAGAACAGCGCCUUCACCCACCGCCGCGCCCCCUCCCCGCCACCCCCGCCCCCCUCAGCCCCCCGCAGCAUCACAGGCAUUCCCGGCAUCCCCCAGCGUCCCUUUGGAGUACCCCUGGCGGUGUGUGCAUGCCCCCCCGGACACCUGGAGGCUGAGAACAGGACCAGGUGCAUCCCGGUCUUGAAAGACGCCGGCGUGACCCCCGUGUCCUUGGGUCAGCGCUGCGAGUCCUCCACCCAGUGCCGCGCCAGUGACCCCUUCACCCAGUGCCUGGCGGGUGUGUGCCACUGCCUGCACGACACACCCACCUGCUCCGCCAAGAAAAACGGAUGCCACCCCAAGACUUUCCAGUGCCACUCCUCCGGCCGUUGCAUCAGCUGGCAUUUCCUCUGCGACGGCGAGCGGCACUGUGAGGACGGGUCAGACGAGGACACCUGCCGGCCCCACAGGUGUCCCUCGUUAGCCCACACCUGCAGGGACGGCACAUGUGUAUCCCGGGGGCAGGUGUGUGAUGGGAAGGUGGACUGUCCCGAUGGCUCCGAUGAGGACAGGUGCGAGGGAGACUGCCCCGUGUCCACCUUCCGCUGUGGUGACGGGCGGUGUCUUCCGGGGUUCGUGUUCUGCAAUGCCACGCCAAGUUGCAGUGACGGCAGUGAUGAGGAUGAGAAGGCGUGUGUCCAGGGCUCCAUCACUGCUCCGUACUGCCCCUUCAGGUGUAGAAACGGAAGGUGUAGAUCGACCGCUAUCCUCUGCUCGGGCAAGGAUGGAUGCGGCGACAAUUCCGACGAGGCGCAGUGUAAUGUGUGCGGUUGUGCUCCGUCCCCUUCCUGAGGCCACGGAGGAAAAGGAGGAGGAGGAGGAGGAGGAGGAGGAGGAGAGCUGACAUCCACUUCCAUAUUCCUGUUCUGACUUUCACCAUUUCUCUUUCCUUUCUUUUUUUUUCUUUUCUGUUUUCUUUCUUUCUUUCUCUUCCUCUUUUCUUUCUCUCUUGUCUCUCUCUUCUUUUUGUUUUCCUCUUUUUUCCCAUUUAUCUAUUUUCCUACUUCUCCUUUCCCUUCUUUCUUUUUUCUCUUCCUCUUUAUUCCUCUUUUCUUUUUCUUUUGUCUCUCUUUCUCCAUCUUCCUCUUUUUUCCUCUUUCUUUUCCUUUUUUCCCUUCUUCCUUCCUUUAUCUGUUUUCCUUCCAUCUUUCUCUCCCCUUUAUCCCUCUUUUCUUCCUCUUUUUCAUCAUUUAUCCACUUUUCCUUCCCUAUUCCAUUUUCUCCUCCCCUCUUCCCUCUUUCGCUCCCUUCCUUGUUUCCCCCUCAUAUUCCACCUUAUCCUUCUCCCUUCCUCUCUUUUCUUCUCUCUUUCUCCCUCUCCCUCUUUUGCUCCCUUCUCCUUUCCUUGUUCCCCCCUUUUCCUUCUCCCUUCUUCUCUCUUCCUCUCUCUUCUUCUUCCCUUUUUCCCUCUUCCCAUUUUUCUCUUCCUCCCUUCCUUUGCAGAUUAUUUUAAGAGGUUUAGAUUAAGUAGGUUUUUGUUUGUUUUUAUUAUAGGGAAAGUCUUUUGUGGUGUGUGUGUGUGUGUGUGUAAAUAUAUGUUAAAUUCUAGGCUAAUAGUGUUUUGAGUGAAUGGACAAUAUUGUUAUCACUGAAUAUUAUUGCUAUUAUUAUUAUUAUUAUUAUUAUUCACUAUUUUUGUUC